UUCAAAGAAAAAAGCAAUGGAAUUUGAAUGUAAUGAUCAAGAACGGUUCUGUGCGACUCCUAAGCUUCCUCUGUUCUCAAUUCCAUUGAACAGAGCAACUGAGACUCCUGGCCUAGCGACGCCGCCUGUGAACAUCGCCGGAUCGGUCCCGUUUCUCUGGGAGGAAGCUCCGGGAAAGCCUCGCGUUUCCGAUGAGAACAAUCCGCCGGCGACCAAGAAGAACGCCGGAGAAGGAGGAGGAGUUGUCAGGUGCCUUGAGCUUCCGCCGAGGUUGACUUUGCAAUUAGCCGCCGCGAAUGAGCCAUCUCCGACCACAGUUCUCGAUGGUCCUUACGUUAUACCUCGCCGGUCUCUGUCGGUGAUAAGGAGAAGCAAAAAAGACUCCGAGGGUAGAUUCGACUUUUCACGUUCAACGAACGGUCGCUGCUGUGAAGGUGGUGGCGGCACGACGGUGAAGAUCAGUAGAGUUAGAAGGAAAGGAAGCCUUUUGAACCUUUCCAACUCCAAAUCGCAGUUCUUGGCAAAGGUUUACAAAGGAUUUCAGCAAGUGAUUCCAUGGAGGCGUAGGCAAGAAAAUCUUCCAAGGAUGAAUUCUUCCAAUAUUUAAAUAGAAUCUCUCCAAGUUUUUUUUUUUUAAUUCCCUACUUUAUAGACUAAUAUUCCUUCUGUAAAUACCACUCAA